GAUGUUUUGUUCAUUGUCUUUUAUUUCUUAAAUACAAUUUUACUUUCUUCUUAACCGUUUCCCUCUUCUCUGUACUUCUCUAAUUCUCCUCUUUCCUUUAUGUUUCUUUCACUCCGUUACUCGAUCUCUGAAUCGUAACAUGGUAUCAAAGCCACUUUUCCGGUGCCUCUAUGGUGAGCUGAGCGGUGAUAGUUAUCAUAAUAGAUGGUUCGAUAUUGUUGAUUGAUGGUUUGACCUAAUCUCGGUCUUUUCUCUCUGAUUUGGUUCUUCUUUGGUGAGAUUUGUCUUUUUUUUUUGCCCCUGUGGACGGUUUGCUGUUUCAAUUUGUUGAAAUCAUCUCUGUGUUGUGCUUUCUUAUUUUCUAGGGUUUCGUAUUUUGUUGAAAUCGUCUCUGUUCGUCUUCUCUCUUGCUGCGUUUCUGGAUUUGUUGCCUUUCUUCCUUUGUUGCUGCGUUGUGUUUGAGUUCUUCCUGGUGCUUUGUUUGUGCUAGCUGUUGCUUCUUUGUUUUUCUCAUCUUGACUCUCAUAGAUUCUGAUCGUGAUACUCCUGAGGACAGUAAUAGUUAUUCAGCUAGUUCGAAUCACUCUAGAAUUUUCUCUACAAAAAGAAUUAAUGUUGUGCUUGAUGAUAAUAACUAUCUCUUAUGGCAUCAGCAAGUAUUCUUGACUAUUAAAACUCACAAUGCUUCAGAAGUUUAUAGAUACUAAUGUUUCUCCCACCUCAGUAUAUCACUGUUGAUAAUCAGCUGACUGUGAAUCCUGCGGUUGAAGCAUUUGAGGAACAAGAUGUAGCUUUGGCUUCCUGGUUGUUGUCCACUGUAAGUGAAAAUGUUCUACCACAUCUUAUAGGUCUUAACACUGCUGCUGAGAUAUGUCAUACCUUGCAUAGAUUAUAUAGUGGUAAGACUACAUCUAGAUUGAUGUAUUUCAGAAGAUUGUUACACUCACAAAAGAAGGAUGAUCUUAGCAUGAGGGAAUUUCUCCUUAGAAUUAAGUCUAUUUGCGAUAACCUUGCCAACUGUGGGGAGGUUAUCUCUGAGCAUGAGCAUGUAAUGCAAUUCUUAAUGGCUUACCUCCUGAAUUUGAGUCUGUGAUAACUGUUUUGACUGCUGGCUCAGUUCCUACUAGUGUUAGUACUGUAAGCACAAUUUUGCUGGAUGCAGAUGCUAGGCAAUCAAAUUUCAACAGUCAGAUUAUUGCUUCUGCUAAUACUGUUUCUCAUCAGCAGGCUAAUAAUGUUUCUACUGUUGUGUACAUUGUUACUCAAAAUAAUGAGGUUUUUCCUUAUAAUAGAGACAACAACAGGGGUAGAGGAAGAGGCAGAUCUUCUAGGCCUCAAUAUCAGCUCUGUGGUAGGAUUGGUCAUUUAGUUGAGAGAAUUUUGCUCAAAUGGUUCCUCAGAUCAGUUCCUAUCCAGCCUUGGCUUAUCAGUCCGGUGUUUCAGCUACUCUAUCUGGGAUUUUUCACAUGAUUCCUCAGUUCACUCCUACUGCUUCUGUGUCUUCUCAGGCCAAUAGUCAAGCUCACAUUGCCACGCCAGAAAUUGUGGAUGAUAAUGCUUGGUACCCUGACUCAGGGGCUACCCAUCACCUCACAAAUGAUUUGGCUAAUCUCCAGGUGGACACUACUGCUCCCGCUUCUGGCAGUGUGCAAUUUACACAGGAUAAUUAUGUUUCACUAGAGUUUUAUCCUCGAUUCUGUCAAGCAAUGGAGCUCAAGAUUGAACAAGUGGUUCUUAGAGGCCUUGAGUCUACUGGUUUAUACGGGCUUGAAGGUUUAGAUAAUGCUUCUGUUGGGAAUAAAGCUGCUAAUAGAACUUUUUCACAUAUGAGUUAUUUUUUUGCCAUUCAUAAUGAUUAUUUGGAUUUGUGGCAUAAAAGGCUUGGCCACCCCUCUUAUGAAGUGUUGGUCAAAGCUCUAAAGGAUUGUAGUAUUGAUUUUCCUAGAAAUAAAAUUAAUCAAUUGUGUCGGGUGAUUUUACGAAAAAUCACCCUGACAUGAAAUAAUUA